GAGCUGGAGAGAGAGAGAGAGAGAGAAGGAGAGAGAGGAGCUGCCGCACCCUUUCUACACCUCCUGGGACUUUCAGGUUACUCCGCUCAGGUAACAGCCACUGAAACUACCGGAAGAAGGAGAAAAGUCCAAAGGUGACGGAGAAGAACGAAGACGUUUAUUUUUGUGGGACUUAAAACUGGAGCUUCGAUAGAGACAGAAACAAAUAUAUAAUAGUUAACUUUUUUCCUCGCUUUCUUUCUUUUUAUUUUGCCCCUCUGUCGUUGUUUUUCCACUUUGUGCUCAGAGCGCGUUAAAAAUCAGGGGAGGACUUCCCAGGUGCGCCAUCAAGGCGAGAUCUAAUCCGGAUAACUAUACUUGCUGGACGGGGUCAGAGGCAGCAAAAGACUGUAGAUGUGCAUCCACUGCUCCAGUGAAGUCCACAGACUUUCAGAGUUUUGGGUAACUCCAUGGUUCAGCUGAUGGCAUGCCAGUCUCCAGUCCACCAAAUGGGGCGAGUCUGAGCGGUGUCCACCUCUUCUGCUCCGUAACAUUAACACCGCCCUCCUCUCUGUGCUCUUCAGCUUUUGUCUGAUCCCACACCCAGCUCGCAUCUCAGGAUGGGUAACAUAACCGGGCCGUGCCACAACAACGAGACCAUCGAAUUUUUCUACAACAGCAGUGGAAAGUCCAUCAAUACCGAAUGGCAAAAGCGUGACUAUGUGAUUGUCACACUGGGCAUGCUUGUUUCCUUCAUUGUUAUUUUUUCAAACUUUUUGGUCAUAGGAGCCAUUUUCAAAAACAGAAGGUUUCACUUUCCCAUCUACUACUUGCUGGGUAAUAUGGCUUUGGCAGACCUCUUUGCAGGUGUUGCAUAUAUCCACAUGAUGCUGCAUACUGGUCCCUGGACCAUUAAGCUAUCAAGGAAUCAGUGGUUUGCUCGUCAGGGGCUGAUCAACACCAGCUUGACAGCCUCAGUCCUCAGCCUCCUGUUUGUGGCCAUGGAGCGACACCAGACCAUCUUCAACGUCCAGCUGCACAGCAGCAUGAGCACUCGGCGGGUUUUCAUAGUCAUGCUCUUAAUUUGGCUGGUGGCAAUAAUCAUGGGCCUUGUUCCCCAAAUGGGUUGGAACUGCAUAUGUGAACUGGAUCAAUGCUCCACCAUGGCACCGCUGUACCACCGCAGCUUCCUGAUAUUCUGGGCCGUGCUUAACUUGCUGACCUUCUCCAUCAUGGUGGCUGUGUACACCCGGAUCUUUCUCUAUGUGAGGCACAAGGGCAGGCAGAUGUCUCAGCACACCUCGUCAGCAAGGCAGAGAGAAACCAUGAUGAAUCUGAUGAAGACGGUCACCAUGAUCCUGGGCUGCUUUGUGGUCUGCUGGACGCCUGCCCUGGUUGUGCUGCUGCUUGAUGGUCUGAAGUGUGAAAAGAAAAUUGUGCUAGGCCUUGAGAAGUACUGCCUGGUGCUGGCCGAGUGCAACUCCUUUGUCAACCCCAUCAUCUAUUGCUUCAGGGACAAAGAUAUGAGGAGGACCUUCAAGGAGAUCCUGCGCUGCAUGUGGCGGAGGAACCGCAAACACUGCACUUCCUGUAAAGCGUUAACCAGAAUUUCAAUAAGAAAUCUGUUUCCAAAAGUUGAAUGUGAACAAACACAUGCUGAGAACACCUCUUACAGAGGUCCAGAACACAGAACUCAUUCAACACGGUGAACUUGUGUAAAAUGGGGACUUAUCAUUUGAUACUCUUCUGUUUUUUUUUUUUUUUUUGGUAUUAUUUUUUUGUUUGUUUUGUUUUAACCAGGCUCUGCUGGUUGUGUGUUUCCUUCUUUCAGUUCCUCUCUCACACUUUAAUCCUGUCAAAUAAAUUCUCACUAUGGAAACGCGGCAGAUGGUGACUUCAGUCAGAAAUGUAGGAACUUGUAAGACAAAUGUUGUCCGGAGACUUAUGAGACAGUGCCUUCUCAGUUUUAUCCUAUUAGUUUCUGUUCAGCUCACAGCUGCAGACCUGUCACCCAGGGUCAAAAUUAACAUUUCUCAAUAUAGCAUCCCCUUUUGUGUGUGCAUGUGUGUGUCUGCCUGGCCAAACCAGACUAAUGUGCACUCAAUGCAAGAUCUUGUUUGCGACUGCUUUGCUUUAACUUUACCGUGUCAAAUGUAAACUAACUUGAGUAGAUUUGGAAUUAAAUCUGAAAAGCGUGCAAUGUCAAACCCUUGCUCGAAUGUGUAGUGUUGGUAAAAUACACACUGCUAUGUGGUGAUGUCAGUGGAGGAAGGUCAAGAGCAGAAGAAUGGACAAGUGGGUGGAAGUUGGGAAGGAACGGCACAUGGCCAAAGAGCAAUGAAAGUGCUUCAUAUCUGAGCUAAAGAUAGAAACAGUAGGGCUGCAAAAAAUUUGUUGCCAGUGAAUGUAUCAGUUUAUUCAUUGUUCAUGUGUUGAAUACCAAAGAUUUGCCUAAAUAACUGACAGUGCUUUAGUCAGUUUUUCUGUCUGAACUCCAAAGAAAUUAAAUAAAUUAGCACUGGUUAGACUCUGGUCUAAAUAACUAAGUAAUCAAUUAAAUUUUAUUUAUAUAGCACCAAAUCACAGCAAACAGUUGCCUCGAGGGGCUUUUUAUUGCAAGGUAAAGACUCUACAAUAAUCCAAUGAUGACAUUACCAUAGAUGCCAUCCAGUGAGUAACUAGUGGUAAAGUAGGCGUUCUUGACUGAAUUUCUUGUAGGAGCAUUUCCAAAUACGCCAAUAAAUAUAUUUCGCGCCAAAGCUAAAUGUAUUUUACUCCACACGUGUUAAACGUAGAAACUAAAAAGAAGUACGAAAAACAAGAAUGUUUGAUAUGGAGUCAGGCACCACUACACUUUAAAUCCGUGGUUGAACUCAGUGUUUUUAAUCUACCUCCACGUGCACGGCUUUGCCUUCAUGCCUUAUUUCUGAGCAAAGGAUGGGGCUCAUUUUCAUAAAACAUGUAUGAAAGAUGGAAGCCAUCAUCACGGUGUAGCAUUGGUUUGGGAUCUCAUAUUUGGAGGCUCUGUUUUAGCCUUUAGGGUCAUCACCCAUUGAUGAAUUUAGUCACUAAAACUGAAGCACAGACUUUCAGGCUAUUGGUACAUUAACUGCACAGCAAGCCAUGCUGUUUCUUGGAUAAUUAAUUCUAAAUGCUCCAAGAGCGCCAACACAACAAUUUCAAGCUGAAAGAAGGCGUAGCAGACAACUAGCGUUCUAGUGGACAUCCAGCUCUCAUUCAAAGCAGCCACAACCAUGAUAAUUCCUAACUUUAAAAGUUGCUACAGUUAUGCAAGAAAAGGUGACCAUGUAAGGGGAAAUUAGCCAUCACAACCAAAGUCUUUUUUUUUGUUUUUGUUUUUUUCUUCUCAAUCUUAUUUUGGAUAUUUGAACAUAGGAGUCUGAGGAUUGACUUUCCUGGAGUCAGCCUCAAGUGGCCAUUUGAGGAACUGCAGUUUUUGGCAUUGGCUUCAUUUUUGCAUCCCAGAGUUUGUAGCUGGGAAAGAAACUCCUCAUGUUCAGGUUGCUGCUUUGCCCUCUGUCAACAUUCAUUAACAUUUAAGGUCAAAGUGCCACACUCAGCCUAAAAUUAAAGUUUGAAAUUUCAGUUUUCUCAUAACCUGCUCAAAAUUCAGUUCCUGUUAACAGUAGGUGUGGCAGCCCGAUAAUUUCUUUACAAAAUGCGUGUGCGUGCAAAACAUCUUUGUGUGUUCACAUUGUGUCCUGUACUUUAUGCAGAAUAAUGGCCACAAAUAUAAUUCCAUGCAUAUGCACUUUUAUCCAGCCAAGAUGUCAAAUUUUCCAUGAGGCAAACUUUUAACAGAUCAAGGAGUGACCUUGACCGAGCUCCUCAAAUCCCAUAACACAAGGUCUUAAUGGCCUCACUGCGUUGUGCUAUAAACAGAGUUUGGAAUUACCCAAAUGCCUGGAAUUAUCCUGUUGCCUGAUGCAACUGUUGCUUAGUUUAUGCUGACCACAACAUUUCUACCCAUGUCCUCUGUGCAGUUCAUUAUUAUUAUUCUUUAUUAUUCAUUGUUAGUCUGUGUGUGCGUGUGUUUUUAGUUUGUGUACUCGUGUUGUGCCAUCUUAAACCAGUCCGGAUGUGGUGGCUGCUGGUUAAUGGGUCAUGCUUCUUACAUUUCCUCUGACUUGCUACUCUGGCGUGUGUGUGUGUGUGUGUUCAAAGAAUACAUUCUCCUUACAGAGGAAGUGCUGCAAGGAGUGUUAUCUUGUUAGUGUGCACGUUCAUGUUUGAGUGUGAGAUGGUGAUGGCAUUUUUAUUUGUUUCAAGUCAUAAAGAUCAAAGAGAGGCAAGAAGUGUGUGGCGUUUGUCUGCAGCAUGUACUGAGAAAUGCUGUGACUCAUGAAGUUAGACUUUUUAUGGAGCACGACAUUAACUGUAAACACUCCUGAUUAUUACAAGAAUCUAUCAAAGAGGACAACAUUGUGUGUGUGUGUGUCUACAUAUAUGUAUUAUAUAUUUUCCCAUUAUAUAUAUAUUUUGUCAUUAGAUUUCAAUUAAAUCAAAAACACUUAUUUUCAUAUUAUAGGUGUACUUUUUGGUAUUGGUUUAGGGAUUCAGGAACUUUGUCACAUUACUUUUGGGCUCAUUUUUGUACUUGUUUACGACUAAUAAGAAUAAAUGCACCAUCUGUGUACAUCUGUGAUUUGUUUGGUCAUGUCUGUCUGCCUGCUGUGUCCGCUGCUUUGCGGUAACCGCUGAAAUUUACAAUUAUAAACAUGGCGGGCCGUGUGGAAAUGCUUCCUCUUGUAUAAAUAUGAAUUUCAUCUUUCUAACUGCUUAUUUUUGCUCUUUUUGCUAGUUUGGAUAUGACUAACCCAUGUUUUUUCUUCUUUCACAUCUUCUCUGCUGCACCUAAAUCCCAUUCCUUAUUAUUAUUUUUAUUUUAAUUUAUUUUUUUAACAUUUCACUCUCCUGCUUCUUUUACCUCAUUUCAACUCUUGCCUCAUAUUCUGUCUCUCCACCU